AUGAUCCUAGCCAUUAUGGGUGUGUCCAGCGAAAAGAUAGUGGGAAUCAGCAUUGAAGCUGCCGGUUCCUGCUGGGCGGGACCGCGAGACAGACGAUCCUCAGGCAAGCACAAGUGUUUCAUAUUAGAUCCAGAUCAACAGCAAUUCUUUCUGAAGAAUGGUUCGAGCAAGCGCCAGAGGAGAUCUAUAAUCGGCAACGGGUGUGUUUCGUCUAUUCUGGGUAGCAAGAGGAGCGAAAUUUACCCUGAUUCGGUUAACAUCUCGGGUCACAAUGAGGACGCCUCCAUAGUGCGUGGUCCUUUGCUGGGAGGGCUGCAAGCGCCUAGGUUGAUAUGGGGAGGGAUCGGAGCUGGCAGGGGGCCACAACAAAUUCCACAGCAAUCAGGUUUAGUCAAGGAGUCUAAACCCCCGUCUGCGAUAGUUUCCGGAUGCAGGGCUGUUCUAAGAAUACGUCUUGGGUGUGAAAUGUCGACAGCUCUCAGCGAUUAG